AUGCCGCCGCCGCCGGCCGCGCCGCCGCCGCUGCAGGCCAGCGCGCCGCCGCGCGCCGGCGACACGCACGUCCUCAUCACGGGCUUUGGUCCGUUCGGCAGCAUCGUCACCGACACGAACCCGUCGUGGCUCGCCAUCCAGGCGCUGCACAACACCCUCCUCGCGCCCGCCGCGCCACAGCCGGCGAGCGACUCGGACUCGCGCCGCGUCCACAUCCAGGUGCUGCAGAGCGCCGUGUGCUACUCGCACAUCCUCUCGCUCGUGCCGCGCCUGCACGGCUGUCCGCCGUCGCUGCACUCCGAGCCGUGGCUGGACCCGCGCGGCGCGGCGCCCGUCGCCGGCUGCGGGCCGCAGGGCAGCGGCAAGCCGUACCCGGCCGGCUACGCGCUGCAGCACCCGCCCGGCGGCUUCGACGUCGUGCUGCACGUCGGCGUCGGCCACGCCGGCAACCUCGCCGUCGAACAGCUGGCGCACAAGCGCCGCUACCAGAUGACCGACGCACGCGGCGAGCAUGCGCCGCGCGCUCUCGACCAGAGCGCGCUGGCCGAGCCGGCGGCGCCGCAGCGUGUCGCCGACACGUCGUGCGUGCGCGGCUUUGCCGAGGGCUACGAGGCCUUCCAGGAGGAGGAGCGCAGCAGCGUCGACGUCGCGGCGCUCGUGGAGUGGCUCAAGCGGCAGGGCACCGAGCAUGUGCGCCCGUCCCUCGACGCUGGCCGCUUCCUGUGCGACUUUAUCUACUACGCCUCGCUGUGCGAGGCGCAGCGCGCCCGGCCGCGCCGCGAGCAGGCCGGCAAGGCCGGCGCCACGGUGCUCUUCAUCCACGUGCCGCCCGUGGGCGAGCCGCUGAGCCUCGCCGAGAUGACCGAGGGCCUCCGCGGCGCGGCCUGGUGGCUGGCCACGCAAAAGUAA